AUAACUUAAUUGUGGAGAAGAUUUUCGUUUGUAAAUCGUGGUGUAUCCCACCAAUCCAUCUUUUGUUCGUUCUAAUUUUCGUGCUUUGGCUUUCUGGUGGAUUUCUGAUCAAGAUUUCCGAUCAAGAUAUCAAAUCUAGGUCGCAUGCAACACACUGUCUGCUUUAAACUAAUAAAGUAUAAAGCUUGCUUUAUAAAUUACAAGUACAACUCGUUAGAUUAUAGUGUUACAACAGAUAAUUAUUCCGAAUAUCGACACAAUUUUAUCUAUUAACGUAUAUUAUAUUAACGUAAUCACACUACAGCUAUAGUGUGUCAUUGAAAAAUCAGCAAGUUAAAACUGAAUGAGCUGACCACUCAGAACAAAUAAGCUACAUAUGAGAUUUAGGUAAUUGUCACGACAAACUGAGCAUUAAACAUUUUUUGUCUUGCUGAGCUUUCGUUUCGAGUUAUUCCAUGUUCGAAGAGUUGCCAGAGUAUUUGACUGUCGAUUGGUUGAAGAUAGGUGGCUUCCUUAAAGGUGCUGACGAUAAUCAGAACGUCAUGAUCGAGGAGGUGGGUAGCAUUGCGAUAGACGACUUUGUAUCGGAGCAGGAGACGACCCUGAGUGUGGUGACAAACCAGUUCAACUUCGUUCACAUCAUCGUCUCGGGAGAGCCUUUCAAGACCCUAAAGGAGACACUAGAACGAUACCCUAACACUCUCCUGGGAUCGAACCAAAAAGAAUUAUUCUGGGACCCCGUGAGACAAGCGUACGUAUUCACUAACAGAUGUAGGCUCAGUUUUGAGGCCAUUCUCUAUUUUUACCAGAGCAGGGGACUGCUGAGUCAGCCGAAAAACGUGUACUGCAGCACUUUCAUCGAGGAAGUGGACUUUUUCCAGAUACCAAACGAUUCAAUUCGGAUAGUGGCGAAUACAAACAACAACAAACGAACAACAACCCUGAACAAGAGUGGAACAAUGCAGUGGAAGUACAAGAAUGAGACAACAGAACGGAAAAAGAUCAUAUACCCGCCGAGUAACGUGCGGUAUACAAAACUUUACAGCACAAUAUUCGGUGGCAGAACUUGGACAUACAAGGUGGUGAUGGCUUGUGAUCUGGUAGCGACCUUACUCUUCGUGUUCUGUCACGUGGUAUCUACCAUCACAACCGGCCAAACAGAGGGAGAACAACCACAACAAUCUGUGGGGAGCCACGAGGACGAAGUGUCCGGUCACGACAGUGACCACGAUCAAGGGCUCAUACCAGAACCUUACGGGAGUGUUAUAGAGGGGAUGUGCGUCUUGUGGAUAAUGAUUCACUACUUUGCCGGCUUGGUUGUCGCCGAGGAAAAGUAUAAAUACAUCAAAUCUUUUAUGUCGAUGGUGGAUGCAAUAAUUGUUGUCGCAGUUAUAAUAGACAACAUAUUACACUGGAAUAAAGUCUCAAAUCCUACUCCGCUGCCACUGCGAGCUAUAGGAGUAUUGAGACUAUUCAAUUUAGCCCGACACUCCACUCUGCUGUAUUGCCUGGGUCUGGCUCUCAGACAGAGUUUCUCAGAUCUCCUCCACGUCGUUGGAGUUAUUAUCUUCAUUAUGUUCCUGGCUGCAGGAUUCGUCUAUUUCGCAGAGCAGCCGCCAUGUGGGAAGUACGACAUUGAAACUAAAACUUGUCUAUACAACGACUCCUGGAUAGGAACUGACGAUUGCAAGUUUCACCGGGAAUGCACAAACAAUAGAACGAAAUAUGUUAGCAUAUUCGCCUCUAGUUACUGGGCGGCUGUCACUAUCACUACAGUUGGCUAUGGUGAUAUGAUUCCGAAGACUACAUUCGGAAAGAUAGUCGGGUCUAUUCUAGCUCUGAUAGGGCUACCCCUCAUUGCUAUACCAAUGCCUCUUAUCAUGACUAAAUUCGAGAAACUUUACACUACAGUGAAAGAGCAACAAAAUCAGGAACUCAAGAAUCAUCAUGCUAAAGUGGCGGAAGAGCAUAAAAGCAACAACUGUAACACCAAAAACCAUAACAACAAUUGGGAUGAAAAACAGACGAGCAUACACGACAGAAUUGAUGAUGUUAGUGAAAUAAGAAGAACCAGUAAUACUUCCAGCUACGAUAGUCUGGCCGAGAGCCCAAUAAAUGCGCGACACGAAAGGUCCCAAGAAGCAGUUAAUCAGGACUACAGCCGAGUAAACGAAAACGGGGGUGAAGUUAAAGACACUGGCAACAUGAUGAGCCGAAACUGGGCUGACUCAUACAAGAAUGUGUACGGACGGUGCCCAACGGGGGAUUGCCAGCAAAUGGACUGCAGAAGUUGCAGGAUAGACAUUGUGGACAAUAGCAGCCCGACUAAAUCUGAGGAGAAUGGUCACAGAAGCAGCUGAUUCUCAGCUGUUCAAGUUUUGUGAAAUAACAAAAUUCGAAUUGUGCUACAGAUUCUUUUCAAAAUUUAAAACUUUAAGUUUGUUCUUAAUUUGUUGUAUUAUUUUUGUGUUUUUAGUGUUGGAUUUUGAUUGUAUAGAUGCUUCAAGAUUUUUUAUCAUAUUUCAUAUAAUCGGCCCUCAAUUUAAUGAGUCGAAAUUUUUAUGUUUUUGUAUUGGAACUAAGUGCCGACUGCCGGGUCACAUUUUUCUUACUUUGAGAUAAAAACAUAAAUUGUUUAACACCAAUUCAGACAUUUUUAUUGAAUGAAACUGUUGGAAAUUAAUGUAUUAAAAACAACAAAUCACAAUCGUCAACAA